AUGAGGGCGAAGCGGAUAGCGAUAGGCGAAGUGCCCGCGCUUGCGCUGCGUAUCUCGUAUGUGGGGGAGCUGGGCUGGGAGAUAUACGCGCCGUCCGAACAGGGACUGCGGCUGUGGGAUAUUCUCUGGGAGGCGGGGCAGCCGCUCGGUGUGGUUGCGGCUGGCGGCGGCGCGUUCGACUCUCUGCGGCUGGAGAAGGGCUACCGGCUGUGGGGCAACGACAUACACACGGAGUACAACCCUUAUGAGGCGGGCAUCGGCUUUGCGGUGAGGAUGCGGAAGGGCGAUUUCAUUGGAAGGGAUGCACUCAGGCAGUCGCGCGCGGAGGGGGUCGGGCGGAAGUUGUGCUGCAUGACGCUGCAUGAUGUGAAUGCGGUGGUGAUGGGCAAAGAGCCAAUCGUCGAUGGUGAUGGUGAUGGCGUGCUUGGGUAUGUGACGAGUGCGAACUACGGGCAUUCGAUUGGCAGAGGCAUCGUGUACGGCUACCUGCCGACGGAGUACGCGGAUGUUGGAACGAAGGUGGAUGUGCUGUACUUCGGGGAGCGGCUUGGGGCGACGAUUGCAAAAGAACCUUUGUACGACCCGGACGGCAGCAAGAUGAGGGCGUGA